UCAGUUUUAUUUAGACACUGCUCGGUUAGCUAUCGCAUUUGCCGGGAGCAAGUAUUUUUAUUAAUGUCAAUUUAGUGUUUAUAUUCUGUUAACAUAUUCCCGAUAUUUUCGUUAUCAUAAUAUUUCUGUUCUAAGUCAUAAGAAACUCAUUUAUUUUUUAAAAUAAAUUAAAAUUUUAAUUGAAAGAAUAAAAUGGAUAUAGAUGAAAAACUUAUUAAAGAAGUUCAAAAAUAUGAGGCUUUAUAUGAUAUGCAAUCUGAAGAUUACAGAAAAGUUAGGCUCAAAGACGAAAUGUGGCGACUAGUUGCACGAAAUGUUGGAGUGCCAGUUGAGCUAGCUAAACAAAGAUGGAAAAAUUUAAGAGAUAAUUAUAGAAGAUAUAAAAUGAAAGAAGUCUUGCCAUCUGGGAGCCGUCAAACAUUGUCACAACCAUAUAAAUACGCACAAAAAUUAACAUUUUUGGACAAAUUUCUAAAUAUACAGGAAUCAAAUCAAAGCUUUGGCCACACACAUUCGCCCGCCUUAAAAAGGCGAAGAGAAGAAACAUCUGGUUCAUUAUAUCCUACAACUUUGCUUUGUCCAUCUUUCGGAAACCUAUUUGAUAAUACGGACAAAAAAUCCUACAACACAUGUUCGCCUACCAAUGCAACUGCAACCUAUACAAGUGAGUUCUUUAUGCUUCUUGCAAAUAAAAUUAAUGAUUCAGGCUUGAAUGGGAUGGAAAAAGAAAGUAUACACCAUGCAGUGUCUGUACUGGUAAAUAAAAAGUUGAAUGAGUUUUCGAAACGCAGAUAUAAUUAUUAUUAAUUAAAUAAACAUUUUUUAUGCUAAAUUUGUUAUGGAUCGGUCCACCAAAUCGACCAAAGUCCGUUAAAAAACAAACAAUUGUUUUUUUUUUACAU